AUGGCCACCCCCAACGAGAAAGUUGGCAGUGAUGCUGUGAAGGACCCUCAGGCUCCUGCUACCCACGCUGCCACUGGUCCUACAGACAUCAAAGCCGAUGAUGCUUCUGCCAUUGAGAAGGAGUUGGCCUCUGUGGAGGAAGGCUACAUGAAGGAGGAGGGCCGUCUUCCCAGCCCCGAGGAGCAGAUCGAAGCCCUUGGUAUUCCAAACUGGCGAGAGUUGGAGAAGAAGAUUGUUAGACGUCUUGACAUGACCCUCAUGCCUUGUGUCUGGUGUCUUUACUUCUUCAACUACCUCGACAGAGCGUCCAUCGGUCAUGCGCGUCUUAGUUCCUUCGAUGCUGAUUUGGGUCUUGUCGGAUCCAACUUCUCAUCUGCUGUCUCUAUUCUUUCUCUCGGUUAUGUCCUCGGUCAACUUCCCAGUAACAUGAUGAUUACCAAGAUUCGACCCAGUCUCUACCUCUGUCUCAUGGCUAUUGUCUGGUCUGGUGUCAGUGUUGCCACUGUCGGUGUCUCAUCUUACUCUGGUCUCAUGGGUGUGCGAUUCGCUCUCGGUCUUGUCGAAGCUCCUCUUCUGCCUGGUGCCAUUUACCUCCUUGGUUGCUGGUACACCAGAAAGGAGAUUGCUUUCCGCAUGGCCAUUCUUUACUCCGCUCAGACCAUCGCUUUCUGCUCCGCUGGUCUCAUUGCCGCUGCUACCUACGCCACUCUCGAACAGAAGCACGGACUUGCUGGCUGGCAAUGGCUAUUCAUCAUCCUCGCCACCGCCGGUGCUGGUUCAGCCAUGAUCUGUAUCUGGUUCAUUCCUGAUUAUCCCACUUCUACCACCGGUAGCGCCAUGUGGACUAUGACUGAGGACAUGCGAAAGGUUGCUGCCGCCCGUGUCAUUGCUGACCGACCUUCUACUACCGAGGGUAAGACCGGUGCCUGGGAAGGACUCAAGCUUUCUGUCCGCGAUCCCAAGCUUUACAUCCUUACGCUCAUGAACAUCACCAUCUCUGCUGCCUACGGAUUCUCCAACUUCUACCCUUCAAUUGUUCGUGGUCUCGCCGCUGAUUGGGGCUACGGUCCUGUCAUCGCUCUUGUCCUCACUGCUCCUCCUUACAUCUUUGCUGCCCUUGGCUCAUAUGUCAACGCUUGGCACUCCGACAAGGUCAAGGAGAGAGGUCUGCAUUACGCUAUCCCCGUCGCUGUUGCUUGCUCUGGUUUCAUCAUCUGUCUCGCCACCACCGAUGCCCGAGCCCGUUACGGUGCCUCUUUCAUCUACGUCGGUGGAAUGUAUAUCGCCAACCCCCUUAUCAUGGGAUACGUCAGUGGUGCUCUGGCCAAGACUCCCGAGAAGCGAGCUGUUUCCGUCGCUCUGUGCAACUUGUUGUCGCAGAUUGGUAACUUCACUGCUCCUUUCAUGUUCGUCGCCAAGGAGGAGCCUCGCUACAUCAGUGCUUUCAUUGGUAUGAUGGCCUUUGGUCUUUCAUCCAGUGCUUGCGCCAUUGUCCUCAAGAUCUGGCUUACAAGGUCCAACAAGCGACUUUUGCGCGAGGCCCAGCGCAAUGGUACUGUCUACCAGCCUUAUGCCACUUAA